UGAUGAAUUGAAUCAUUUGUGGUGUUUGAACAUAUUUGCCAUAUGUGAAUUCUUUUAGUCAGAUUGAUUUCGUUUUUCAAAAUAUUUUGUGAGUUUGAAAUUUAGUGAAGCCGCCAUUUUUAAUUUCAGAACGUGGAUUCAAUUUUUUGAGUACAUUUGCUCGAUUUACAACCAAAUCAAAGAUGCAGGCGAUUGUUGCUGAUGUCGGAAACAUUAAGUUUGAUAUCGAGAUUGCUUUGGAACAGCAACUCGGUGUUCAACCUCUACCGUUUCCUGGAAUGGACAAGGCUGGUAUGGCCAUAUGUGAUUUCCACAUCAGAAGCAUGUGUAACAAGGCUGCAGCCUGCCCUUUCAGACACGUAUCAGGAGACCGUGCCAUUGUCUGCAAACAUUGGUUGAGGGGCCUCUGUAAGAAGGGAGAUGAUUGUGAAUUUCUACACGAGUAUGAUAUGUCUAAAAUGCCUGAGUGUUUCUUCUUUUCAAAAUAUGGUUCCUGCAGUAACAAGGAGUGUCCAUUCCUUCAUAUAGACCCAGAUGCCAAGAAGAAAGAUUGUCCUUGGUAUGACAGAGGUUUCUGUAGACACGGCCCAAAAUGUAAAAAUCGCCAUGUGAGACGAAUAUUAUGUGAAGCCUACCUCUGCGGCUUUUGUCUGGAGGGAAGUAAUUGUAAAUUUGCUCAUGCUAGCUUUGACAUCCCAAUGGCUGAUAUAACCAAUGAUAAAAACAAACUGGCUGCAGUGGUGUGCCAUAAUUGUGGAGUGAGUGGACAUAAAGCCAUACACUGCCCAGCACCAGAUAAACGUGCAGCCGGUGCAAUAUCAACAAAGAUUCCUGGCAUGCCAACUCAUAACAACACACCAGAUCAUAAUUCCACAUUUACACCAGGUGGUGGGAUGCCUCCUGGAAAACGAGAGUUUAUCAAAAGAAAUUUAGAUGAAGUUACCUGUUUUAAAUGUGGUGAAAAGGGACAUUAUGCCAAUAAAUGCCCACGUGGCAGUUUAGCUUUUCUACAUAUGACUGGAACAGGAGUAGCCCAGCCAACGUAGUAUCUGCACUUGGCUCAAUGUGAUAUAAUAAUAUGGAAAAAGAGGCUAAUACAAUGUACAUGUAAAGCAAUGGUGUACCUGAACCAAAUGUGUUGCAAUUCCUGUAAUAUAUACACUUCUGAGCUAUAUAUUAUGUUAUAAUGUUUGGAGAUUCGAGAGUUGUGUCUGUUAUGGACUGACUGAGUUUUAUUACAUGGAGGUUGACGCAAUGCUAUAUCUGAGUUAAAUCUUAUAUGGGCCACAUUGUGUCAGUUAUCGACUAACUG